AUGAGUGGGGCCUGUGUUAUCAAGUACUACAACUACCCCGGCGUCGGUGUCCGCAACAGGCAGUACCUCAACUACAGCCAAGCCUGCAGGGUCGGCGACAACAUCGAGUGCGCCGGUCAAGGCGGCUGGGACCCGCUCAACGGCAGCAUCCCCGCCAGCAUCGACGAGCAGAUUGACCAAGCCUUCGAGAACGUCGAUCUCGCGCUCAAGAAGGCCGGCGGCAAGGGAUGGUCCCAGGUCUACAAGAUCCGCAGCUACCACGUGGCCAUGGAUAAUGCGUGCUUGGUUGCGAUGAUCCGGAACUUGCAGAAGUGGUGCCCGAACCAUGGGCCGUUGUGGACGUCGUUGGGGGUUGAGAAGCUGGCGGAGGCGAAGAUGGUGGUGGAGAUUGAGGCGGAGGCGUAUGAUCCGCGGUAG